AUGGCCUCUCUCGUUGAUAUUAACUCUGUUUCUCAAACCGCGAGCAAUCCUGCAACGCCUACAAGAGGCAUUGGCAGGUUCGGAACCCCGCGAACCGUUUUCUCGCCUGUAAGAUGCUCUCCUUCCAAGCCUGCUGCUUGCAACGGCGACGGUGAGACGUUCUGCAGCAGCGUGCUUCUGAAGAGCGUGAGGCCGCUGCUGGAGAAACUGGCCUCCCAAGGCGUCGCUGACGGGCAACACAAGCCCGCCAAGGUGCACGUUGUAGCUGACGCGCCUGAUGUGAAGCGGCCUGGAAUCGGCCGCUUCGGAGGCAAGCCUGCUGCUGCCGUGCUUGCACCUGUGGUCGUCCCUGCUGCUCCCUCACCAUCUGCUGCUGCUGCAGUCACGUCGUCUGCUGUGGUUGCGCCUGUGGUGGUGCCUGAAGUAGCGCCUGUGGCUCCAGUGGCUUCAACCACACCUCAGGUGCCUGAAGCGAGUGUGACCACAGAAACAAUACCCGAGGAGGCGAGUGCAUGCGCUGCUGAUCCGAGUGAGAAAGCGAGGUGGGCGAAGCUGCGUGAGGAGGUUCGAGUUAUGAAUAUUGCGCUGACACGUGCUGCUUACCUGAGGUGGGACAAGCGGAGCAAGGAGGCAUCAUGGGCCAUGGAGAUUGAAGCGGCCAUUGAAGCCGCCCUGCGUCCCUGCUUCUUGCCCAAGCAUCCUAAUGCUAUGGCGAAUCUGACUCGCAAAACCGUGCCUCCUGCGUCUGCAGCAGCAGCGGCUGUAGCAGUGUCCGCAGCACCAGCUGCUCCCUCGCCCGCAGCUACAACAACAGUGAAAUCACCUGCUGCGGCCUCAUCAGUGAGAGGAGCAGCAGCAGCAGCACAGAAGCCAAAGCCUGCUGUUGCAGCAAGGUGCAAGGUGGGGGUUGAAAGCGCGAAGGGCAAGAAUGGGUGCAGCAGCAAGGUGGUGAGCAUGGGUGUGAAGGGUGGUAAAGGCAACAACACGCAUGCAAGCUCUGCCCCAUGUGCAGCAGCAGCAGCGGUUGCGGGAUUACGUGGUGCUGCAUCUUCAGUGAGAGCAGAAGGCAAGGCCAGCAGCAGGCAUGCGAGUGGGGUGAAGAGGAGAGAGGGGGAUGGGUGUGGGGAGGGAGCAGCAGGGAGGGCAGCAGGUGGAAGGCAGGGUGGUGUGAAGGCAGCAGGUGGCAGAGCAGUGGCAAGUGGCGUGUGUGGCAGGGAGGGGGUGAAGCAGCAGGCGGGGAGGAGAGAGGGUUUGGUGCAUGAGAGGCAGGCGAGGCCAGGCUGCAGCAGCAGCAGGGCGCACAGAAGGAGCUCUUGA